AUGUACCCGAAUUUGCUUUUCAUACCAACGACGCUACAACAACAACAACAACAACAACAACAACAACAACAACAACAACAACAACAACAACAACAACAACAACAACAACAACAACAACAACAACAACAACAACAACAACAACAACAACAACAACAACAACAACAACAACAACCACAACCGGCAGAACAAACCUCAAGCACAUCGCUACUGUGA